GGGUGCUGACAAGCGAUCUUCCUUUCGCGCCGGUUGCCGAGACCCUAGCAUCCAUGUGCGCACUGAGCGGGAUUCCAUAGUUUAGAAAAAGAUUACCAACUGCACGAGACUUUGAACAGAAACAUGGAUCCGAACGUUCUGAUUGAGGCCCUCCGGGGCACUAUGGAUCCCGCUUUGCGGGAGGCCGCUGAGAGGAAACUUACCGAGGGCCAGAAAACUGCGAAUUUUGUUUCAACUCUUCUUCAGAUCACAAUGUCUGAGCCACUGGAGUUGCCUGUACGACAAGCAAGUGUAAUUGGUGUGGUUAGACUAGCAGCCUCAACAGAAAUGUGUAGUAUUGAAAAGGGGAAAUUUGACCAGAGCACAGGGAAAUGCAGAGUCUCUUUGCUGUGUUUUGCAACUAAAUUUCUGACUACCUGUCAUUUCAGAGUACAACUUACAACUUGUAUUCACCACAUAAUUAAGCACGACUACCCAGGAUGUUGGACUGCCCUGGUGGAUAAAAUCGGCUUCUAUCUCCAGUCUGACAAUAGUGCUUGCUGGCUUGGAAUCCUGUUGUGCCUAUAUCAGCUAGUGAAAAACUAUGAGUACAAGAAACCUGAGGAGCGUAGCCCAUUAGUAGCAGCAAUGCAGAUCUUUUUACCAAUGUUGAAGGAUCGUUUCAUCCAACUAUUACCUGACCCUUCAGAUCAGUCUGUGCUGAUACAGAAACAGAUCCUUAAAAUCUUCUUUGCACUUAUGCAGUAUACAUUGCCACUAGAGUUGAUAACGCAACAGAAUCUCACUGAGUGGAUAGAGAUUUUCAAGACCGUUGUGGAUAGAGAUGUGCCUGCUGAAACUCUUCAAGUUGAUGAAGAUGACCGACCAGAGUUGCCAUGGUGGAAGUGCAAGAAGUGGGCUUUACAUAUUCUGGCUAGAAUUUUUGAAAGGUAUGGAAGCCCAGGCAAUGUUUCCAAAGAAUACACUGAAUUUGCCGAGCUCUUUCUCAAGGCAUAUGCUGUCAGCAUUCAGCAGGUACUGUUGAAGGUGCUGUAUCAUUACAAAGAGAAGCAGUAUGUAGCACCACGAGUUUUGCAGCAAACUCUAAAUUACAUCAACCAAGGAGUUGCUCAUGCCAUAACAUGGAAAAAUCUUAAACCCCAUAUCCAUGGGAUUGUCCGGGAUGUCAUCUUCCCUCUGAUGUGUUAUACAGAUGCUGAUGAAGAACUCUGGCAGGAAGAUCCAUAUGAGUACAUACGUAUGAAAUUUGUCUUGUCUUUUGUCUUCCAGAAAAAGAUUUACAAAGAUCAGAUGGAGUUUAUGUUGCAGAAUCAUGUGUUUCCUCUGUUUAGCAGUGAACUGGGUUACAUGCGAGCAAGGGCUUGUUGGGUGCUUCAUUACUUCUGUGAAGUAAAGUUUAAAAGUGACCAGAACCUGCAGACAGCCCUAGAACUGACAAGAAGAUGUCUUAUUGAUGAUAAGGAAUUGCCUGUGAAAGUGGAGGCAGCUAUAGCACUUCAGGUACUCAUCAGCAACCAGGAGAAAGCUAAGGAGUACAUCAGUCCAUUUAUCAGGCCUGUGAUGCAGGCUCUGCUGCACAUAGUCAGGGAGACAGAAAAUGACGAUCUCACUAAUGUAAUACAGAAAAUGAUCUGUGAGUAUAGUGAAGAAGUUACUCCAAUUGCAGUGGAAAUGACACAGCAUUUGGCAAUGACCUUCAACCAGGUGAUUCAAACAGGGUCAGAGGAAGAUGGCAAUGAUGACAAAGCUGUGACUGCCAUGGGAAUCCUUAAUACCAUUGAUACACUCCUUAGUGUAGUCGAAGAUCACAAAGAGGUUUGGAAAUACUUCUAUUUUAAAACAUUGAGUUUUUUUUUUAAAUUUCCUUUCCUUUUUGCAGAUAUGAUGCCUCUUUUGCAUAAUUAUGUAACGGUGGAUACAGAUACAUUGCUGUCUGAUACAAAGUACUUAGAAAUGAUUUACAGCAUGUGUAAAAAGGUUUUGACAGGUGUUGCUGGUGAAGAUGCAGAAUGUCAUGCAGCUAAACUAUUAGAAGUAAUUAUCCUGCAGUGCAAAGAUCGAGGAAUUGAUCAGUGUAUACCUCUGUUUGUUGAAGCUGCUCUCGAAAGGUUGACCAGAGAAGUCAAAACAAGUGAACUUCGAACAAUGUGCCUGCAGGUUGGCAUAGCUGGAUUGUACUACAGUCCUCCUUUACUACUCAAUACCUUGGAAAAUCUCCGCUUCCCUAACAAUACAGAAUCUGUCACCAAUCACUUUAUUACACAGUGGCUGAAUGAUAUUGAUUGUUUCCUAGGGCUUCAUGACCGAAAGAUGUGUGUCCUCGGCUUAUGUGCUUUGAUAGAGUUAGAGCAGAGACCACAGGUCCUGAAUCAGGUUGUAAGUCAGAUAUUGCCAGCAUUUAUCCUCUUGUUCAGUGGAUUGAAGAGAGCCUAUGCCUGCCGUGCUGAGAAUGAGAAUGACAGUGAUGAUGACGAAGACGGAGAGGAAGAAGAUGAAACCGAGGAAUUGGGUAGUGAUGAAGAUGACAUAGAUGAAGAUGGGCAGGAGUACUUGGAGAUUUUGGCAAAACAUGCAGGGGAGGACGGAGAUGACGAUGAAUGGGAAGAUGAUGCUGAGGAAACUGCUCUUGAAGGCUAUAAUACAGUAAUUGAUGAAGAUGACUGUCCUGUAGAUGAAUAUCAAAUAUUUAAAGCCAUUCUUCAGACUCUUCAAACCCGUGAUCCCUCCUGGUAUCAAGCUCUGACACAUGGACUUAAUGAGGAACAGGGAAAACACCUUCAGGAUAUUGCAACAUUAGCAGAUCAGAGACGAGCAGCACAAGAAUCGAAAAUGAUUGAAAAACAUGGUGGUUACAAGUUUGGAGCUCCAGUUGUUCCAGCAUCAUUUAAUUUUGGAGCUUCUCCGCAAGGAAUGAAUUGAGGCAUUCUUCCUAGCAUUGUGUGAUGGAUUGUAGUGAAAAGCUUGUGUUGUUCCUUCCAGUAGUGGUUCCAGAUUUGGUUGUUCUUGCCCACAGUUCAUUCUGGAGUACUGAUUGGACAGAAAAAUCCCCAGGGUAUGGGGGAUAAUCGUGUGACCUGAAACUGGAAAGCAAACCAAGAUUUUCAGAGACGAAUGAAGAUAUACAACCUGCCAUGGGAGCUUGAACUUGAGGGGAUGCCAUGGAGGCAGCAUUUCUUCUGUCCCAUAGUGUUCCAAGGAAUUAACUGGCUUCAGGACUAUUUAAAAUAUUUAUCACUUUUGUCGUACAGGCUAGAAGACCAGUUUUUUCAUUAAACCUGUGGCAGUGUGCAAGGGUUUUUAUGUCCCAGUCCCCAGCCCACCACCUUUUCAGGGUUAGGUAUCCAUUCGUAAAAUGUAAAUAUGUGGUAAUCAGGAUUUUUCUUAUCAGGCGUUGAAAAAAAAAUCACAUUUCUGCGUAGCAUUCUGGCCACUUUACAGCACUACAUGAUGGCUGAUAACUGUAAAUGAAUUAGCACUUUCAUAUUGAAAAGGCUUCCUAGCCUAUGUACAAAGUGUCAUUCUUUUUGUUGACAAAAUAAAAGGGAUGGACUUUUGGGGGGAUUAUGCCAUUAAAAUGAACUAAUGCUCUCCUGUCAUGCCCAAGGUGGGGUUACAUGGUAUAGUUGCCUCUUAUUGUAACUUGAAAUUGGUUAUUAAAAGGGUCAUUGAAAAGUAUUUGCUGCUAAGAAUGGCUAUACCCUGUGUCCUUUUUUGUCAGAGCUCUCCAGUGAGCAAAUAUCAACUUGUAAGCACUGAAGCUUUUCGUCAAAGCAUGUGAAAUUAGACUUUACAUGAAGUUCUUUCGUGAAACAGCCAGUUGAAGUGUGGAUGAGACCUUUACAUAUGCAACAGAAUUAAAAAAAAAAUUGGUAA